AUCCUCGCCAGUCAGCGUUGCGCACUUCCUAUGCGAAUACGCCCGUCGUGCUAAACUCGUGUCACUGUUGCCUGAUAGAUGUUAUUGGUGAAUAUCGAUAUUGACACAUACGAAAAACGUUUUAGACUGACACGUUACUUGUGUUUUUCAUUGUGGAGCAUAAUUUUUGGAUAGUGAUAUAUUGUGGAACGUCCACUCUUCUCGUUUCCUGCCUAUAACCCCAGUAGACAUGACAGCGUAUCUGAGCGGCGCGGUUCGCACGCCGCUACCGUCGCCUUUGCCCAUAUGUUUCGAUCGAAGAAAAUCUUGUCGUCUACACAUGACUAUGGCAUCGUCAGAGGUCUAACAAGGAGUAUGGGAAGAGAGGCAUGGGCCUACGGCUGGACCAGAGAUCAUUGAGCAAAGUCACGGUAGUCAUCGCAGCUCUUGUUCUCACGCUGUUUAACAGGGUCCUAGUCUCAACUACCGGGUCAACAUUCAAUGAUGCUGUGCACAUCACGGCUAUUGUGGGCGAAUCAGUCGUGUUUAACUGCCAGGUGGAAUUUCCAGCCGAACACCCCGUGCCUUAUGUAUUGCAAUGGGAGAAAAAAGGACUUGACAUACCAAUAUUUAUAUGGUAUGACAAUUACCCCACUCACAGUGGAGCGGGAUACGAGGGCCGAGUGGCUAGAGUAUCACCAGACUCACCAUACGGCCUUGCUUCACUCAACUUGACUAAUAUACAAGAAUCCGAUCAAGGUUGGUAUGCAUGUAAAGUAGUAUUCCUCAAUCGUUCACCUACAAAUAAAAAUGGUACUUGGUUCCAUCUUGACGUUCAUGCACCUCCUAGGUUUGUUACCAUACCUAGUGAAGUCCAGUAUAUAAAUUUAGGCGAUUCCAUCAUACUGAACUGUCAAGCCGUUGGAACUCCUACGCCCGAAAUCGUUUGGUUCAAAGAUGCUACGGACAUACAACCAACAGCAACAGUUGGCAUAUUUAACGAUGGCACUGAACUGAGAAUAUCCAAUAUAAGGAAUGAAGAUAUUGGAGACUACACGUGUAUCGCAAGAAAUGGUGAGGGUCAAAUAAGCCACACAGCUCGAGUUUUAAUUGCUGGUGGAGCUGUUAUUAUGGUACCUCCGUCAAAUCAAACCAAGUUGGAAGGCGAAAAAGUGGAGUUCACGUGUGGUGCUAAAGCAAUGCCCGGUAAUGUCACCGUUCGUUGGUCCCGAGACGGAGCUAUGGUGAAAUCUAUUUCUGCUUUGGAAACUAGAGUGACCAUCAAAAAGGACGGGUCAAUGGUUAUCAACCCAGUAAGUGCUGACGAUUCGGGUCAAUAUCUAUGUGAGGUUAGCAACGGAAUAGGAGACCCGCAGUCCGCUUCAGCUUAUUUAAAUAUCGAAUAUCCGGCAAAAGUGACAUUUACCCCGACCGUUCAGUAUUUACCGUUCCGUUUGGCCGGCGUUGUCCAAUGUUAUAUUAAGGCGAAUCCGCCUCUACAGUACGUCACUUGGACAAAAGAUAAACGAUUGCUAGAACCGUACCAACAAAAAGAUAUUGUUAUUAUGAAUAAUGGUUCACUGCUAUUUACCAGGGUUAAUCAAAACCACGAGGGCAGAUACACGUGUACACCUUAUAAUGCACAGGGUACUCAGGGUUCUUCUGGUCAAAUGGAAGUGUUGGUUAGAAAACCGCCAACUUUUACGGUAGAACCGGAAAACAUGUAUCAAAGAAAAAUCGGUGAACCCGUCGAAAUGCAUUGUGAUGCUCAAGAAGCUGAAGGAACUCAAAAACCGAAGAUCCAAUGGCAAAGGAGAGAUGGUGCUCCUUUGCCUAAAGGUCGACACAGCAUACAUGGUGGAAACAUCACCAUCGAAAGCCUUAGGAAAACAGAUUUUGGUUACUACCAUUGUGUUGCCAGCAACGAAGUAGCUACUAUCGUGACUACUACUCAUCUAGUAGUAGAAGGUACGCAGCCACAUGCUCCAUACAACGUUUCAGCUAAUGCUUCUGAAACGUCAGUCACGUUACAGUGGUUACCUGGUUAUAGUGGAGGACCCGACUAUAAGCAAGAUUAUACAAUAUGGUACCGAGAAGCUGGUAUGACUGAGUGGUCUACCAUACCAGUGACUCCUUCGGGAAGCACCCAAGUAACCAUUAACCGAUUAACGCCAGACACAACGUAUGAAUUUCAGGUGGUUGGGAAAAAUGCUUUAGGUGACGGUAUGCUCAGUAAAGUGAUAUCCAUCCGGACUCUGGCAGCCGUACCGUUAACUGUGGCCAAAAAACCAAGUCCCGCGCCACCGGUCACCGAGUUUCCUCCUCCCCCGAGUGACGACGUCGUCGACUAUAGUGACCUCAUUUUACCCACUGAAUCCAGCGGGGCCACAAUGUAUCCCCCAGUAUUUAGGCCAAAAGGUCCCAGACCGGGGGCACCCAGAAAUUUGUCCAUCACUGAAGUUCGCAACGGAUUCGUCAUCUCGUGGCAAGCUCCACUGGAAAGAGCUCAUCUUGUUCAGUACUAUGUAAUUCAUUAUAAAACCGAUGGCAUUUGGAGGAAUCUGAACAAAGCGCAGAUCAGAGCUGAUGACACGUCUUAUCUCGUAAAAAGUCUAGUUGGAGGUCGGACGUAUUACUUCAGAGUGGUCGCUUACUCACUAAAAAGUUUCCAGAGUAGUGAAGAAAUUAAAUUCCCCGUACCAGCUAGGGUUAAACACAAGGCCAUCACUGCUGGUGUGGUUGGAGGCCUUUUGUUUUUCAUCGUGGCAAUUAUAUUAUCUGUAUGUGCCGUAAAAAUUUGCAAUAAGAGAAAACGAAGAAAACACGAAAAAGCGUACAACAUGGUAGCGUGUAGAAUAACAGACGCCAGAAACGGAGGUCAGAUACCUGGAACUAGUCAAGUGCCUUUAAAAAAAUAUAGAUCAGCUCGAAUACCAAGUCUGAGCUCUGGAUGCAACGUCGUUCUAAACAUGGUUAAUCGAUCUAGAUCCAGGUCACGGUCAAGCUCAUUUUUGGAUGGUGAUUGUGUGGACGGACCAGAACACCGACGGUUGGGUCGCAUAUCUCGAUCAGCAGAUGGAAGGUUCGUACUCACUAAUGGAGAUUCAGAUUCUCGGCGUUCUUCGAGCGCAAGCAGUACAAGCGACGACGGAGGUUUUCUGUCACAUCCCAGUUUUUCCAAUCGGACGUGGAGUAGUCAACGUCCUUUGAUCGGUGCUCGUCACGAUGGUUCGCGAUCUGAAGACUCAUUCGAUAGCCGACGAAGACCGAUUGCUGCCAUAACUAUGGUUAGUGAUCAUCAGACACCGUAUAGGUCAAGUUCUCCUACAUCUCGUCGACACCCUGCCGAAUACUUCAGCGGUCAGGACAUCAGUUCAGUGCAAGGUUCGGCGGAACAGACGUUACGUAGCGUUCACGAACAAUAUAGCCAACAACUUCCGUCUCUUAGAGUGAUACAUGAAGAAAAUCAACGAACCUUACUGAUGCGACAGCAACCUAGUCCCAGAUAUCAUCCAAACUCUAGGUUUCGGUCAAGACACAUGCGUUACGCUAGAAGUGCGCCCGAACUCACGUCGGACGCCAUCACCGAACGGUCACCUGAAAGUCGGUCCAGUUCUAGUGGUUUUGGUUCAAAAAACACGUCUAGUCAUCAAACUACAGCAGAGGGUCCAGAAAGCUAUUGGGGUAUUCGAUCUGCAGUACCCCCUUACAAACCACCACCACCACCUCCGCCGUCACUGUUCUACACUAAUGAACAUUGGCUAGACUUCACGUCACCAAUUCUUCCUUCUCCAUCGUCGCAUAGCAGUGCUAGUAAACCUUUGAGCGUGGACGACCAGUACGAGUUUGACCCAAUCUUCCCUGUAUCGCCUACGCCGACCGAACUAAUAAUUACGUCCAAUCGAACACCGACCACUCCAUCGCCAUUCCGUUCCCGAACACCAACCCAACUGAAGAAGGCUAAAUAUGAGAAUGUAGAGGCUCGACUUCAGGCCAUGAAAGAAGAGUUUUACGCGUAUAAGCGUAGACAAGCCGAAAUGGCUCGUAUGGGUUACGUAGAAAGUGCUUGCUGAUUGAUCUCUACAUAUGUAGGAACGACGUCAAAAGCUCAAAAAGAAACAAUAAGUUUUGUUCGUUCAUAAAUAUAAUUAAAAAUUGUUUUUUAAGUAAUAUUGUAACGUUACCGUAUUUGUAAAUGUUGAAUAACACAACGGCCGAGUGUCGUUAUGGUUGUAAAUUGACUUAAGAGGAAAGCAUAAAAAAUUUAUUUGUGUAUAUAAAUAAUAAAUAUAUGGUAGAAGUACAUAUUAAGUGUAUCUUCUAUGAACAAUACUGUUUCAUGUAGUAUUUCCAAAAACAUAAGAAAAAAAUGAUUGCAUAAAUUUGUAGAUGUAGAGAUGGAGAUGCAUAAAUAUCGGAUUAAAUUAUUUCUCUUAAAAGUGUUGAUUACCCUGAAACUAUAAGAGCUGGGAAUUUAGCGAAAAUGUUUCGCGUUCCAACUAUUUCAGUUCGACCAAAAAAUAAAUUAAAUAAAAAUCCACUUGCUCAAAUUGUUUGAGACUGUCCAGUCUGAGGGUGUUAUUCGUUUAGUAUUAUUUUACUUUAUUUUUAACAUCUAUGCCUCCACCAAAACUGUUCUUAAGUUACAAACAUUAAGUACAUUUAAAACAAACUUUUAUAUUGUUCAUUACUAAACCUUGUGAUAAAGUGUGCACUCUAAGAGUUUUAUUCAAUAUCUCGAUUUUGUCACUAUUAAUUAUUAUAAUUAUUUAGUAUUAUGUUGUGUUCUUAGAUUUAGUUUUGAGCACCUCCACCAGUUGUUCUCCGCAUUGUGUUUUAUUAUUAUUAUUAUUAUUGUAUUACAUAAUUUGAGUUCCUAUUAUAUUAUAAUACUUUUAAAUAUCCCAGAGCCAUCAUUGGUUCCAUGUUUCAAUGUUAUUUCAUAAAAAAUCAAAAUGUUUCUUUUUAUUUCAUUAUAAUAAUGAUAUAUUUUAGUAAUUGAUCUACGACUUUUUAGUUUUAGAUAAACCACACCUCAGCAAUAAAUAAUAAUUAGGUAUGAUAAAAAAAAUAAAAUAAAUACAAUCUAGUCUGAGAAAUAAUAUUUAGAUAGAUACCUAAGUUAAGAUAUUAUGAAUAUUAUUGUUUUGUUAUAUUAAAGCAAAUCAUGUCAAUUACCCCGUUUUUAGGUAUUAUUAAUAAGUAAAAACUGUUUAAUUGUAACAUAAAUUUUCUAUUUAAGUUUUUCAUUUCAUUUUAAUUGUUAACAGUGUCAGUGUUAUUUGGCUAAUGUGUACCUAAAAAUUCCAACAAAACAAUCCAAUUAAAAUAGUUAUUUUAUAGUACUUAUAAACUUAGACUUAAAAAUUUGAAGUAUUUAAGCAA